AUGGAAAAUCAAACAUUCGUCACAGAAUUCAUCCUGUUGGGAUUCUCUACAGGGCCAAAAGUGCAGCUAUUCCUGUUUGGGGUCGUCUUUGUCAUUUAUGUUGCCUCACUGACUGGAAAUGCACUUGUAUUUGUGCUAGUCUGUCUGGAUCCCCAACUCCACACCCCCAUGUAUUUCUUCCUCUGCCAUCUCUCCAUAUUAGACUUAUGCUAUGCUUCCAGUAAUGUCCCCCAUGUGCUGGGGAGCCUCCUUCUCCAGAGAAAAACCAUCUCAUUUGCUGCAUGUGGGACACAGAUAUACCUCUACCUGACCUUGGCCCUAACAGAGUGUCUGUUGCUGACAGUGAUGUCUUAUGAUCGGUACGUGGCAAUUUGUCACCCCUUGCGCUACAGUCUCAUUGUGAACUGGAGAGUGUGCCUCACUCUGGUGGCAUGUUCAUGGGUCUGUGGUUUUCUGUUUGGGGCACUGCAAACAGGUCUGGCCCUGCGGUUGCCCUUCUGUGGCCCCAGGCAAGUGGACCAUUUUUUCUGUGACAUUCUGGCUGUCUUAAAGUUGGCUUGUGCUGACACUACUAUCAACAAAAUUAUGAUCUUUACUGUCUGUGUGUUCUUUCUCCUGUGCCCCUUCUGCCUAAUUCUCAUUUCCUAUCUGCACAUCCUGGCUGCCAUCCUGUGCAUCCACUCUGCUGAGGGGCAGCGCAAAACUUUUUCCACCUGCAGCUCCCACCUCCUGACAGUGGGUCUCUUUUAUGGUACAGCCAUCUUCAUGUGCAUGGGGUCAGGGACUAGUUCACAACAUCAACAGAAAAUUCUCUCCCUCUUUUACCGCUUCAUCAACCCCAUGUUGAACCCCCUGAUAUACAGCCUGAGGAACAAACAGGUGAAGGGAGCCCUGGUGAAAGUUCUCAGGAUGGAAAAAUUCUAUCAUUCAACAUAA